UCCAACGUGCUCUCUCGUCGUCUUCUCCUGCUCUUCCUGUAUUUCCCCCUGGCUGUCUGUGGCUCCCGUCACCCGUCUGUAGUGCGUCAGUCGUCACAUUCUGAUACUCCUGCUGUCUCACUCAGUUGUCACGGAUCGUCAAGAGACUAAAGAUGACCUCCCUGGUUUAAUGGGUCCAAUCGUUGGGAUGUCGCCGGAUAAGAAAGCGGAGACGCCGGGGGUGCAGGAGGACAGGGUGGGGCUAAGGGGUGUGUGUGGGGGGCCAGGGACUCUCCCGGAGGCGGAGUGCGGCGCAGCCAGUCCCCUGGCCACCAGUUUGGACCGGGGUUCCGGGGGCUCUGAAGACGAGGAGCUCACAAACCUCAACUGGCUCCACGAGAACCUGCUGCAGAACUUCACCCUGGGAGGGCCGGGCGAGGCCGGCGGGGCCCAACCCAGCGCCAGCCCCCUCUUCGACAUCGAGGGUGACCCGGGGGGGCCACAGAACGCAUCCUCUUCCUCGUCCUCCUCUUCCUCGUCCUCUCAGAGGGACUCGUUGAAGUCCAAGCCUCCGCUGUCUUUCUCCCUGCUGAUCUACAUGGCCAUAGAACAGAGCCCCAGUAAGAGUCUGCCGGUCAAGGACAUCUAUGGGUGGAUCCUGCAGCACUUCCCCUACUUCUCCUCGGCCCCCACUGGCUGGAAGAACAGCGUCAGACACAACCUGUCACUCAACAAGUGCUUCCGCAAGGUGGAGAGGAGUCUCGGCAAGGUGAACGGUAAAGGAUCUCUGUGGUGUGUGGACCCAGAGUACAGGCCCAACCUCAUCCAGGCUCUGAAGAAACAGCACCUGCCUGCAGUGCAUGCCUUCUGCACACCUCCAGCCUCCCCACCCAGGGCCUCCUCUCCCCCCAGACACCUCUUCCUUCAGGGCUGCUCCCUGAAAGAGUCUGACAUAGACGCUGCCACUGCCAUGAUGCUCUUAAACUCCGCCCCUGGUCAUCAACACGCCAACCCAUGUGACCCAGACAGUCCACUGGACCUGUCCAGACCUGACUCGGUGCUGGUGAGCAGCGACCCGAAGCAGGACCACAACUACAGCAGCAUGGCCCUGCAGCGCUGCUCCUCGCGCUCCUCCUCCUCUUCCCUCUCCUCAUUGGAUGAAGGAGGACCCUCUCCCAGCCACGCCCGCCCCAGGGCCCGCCCUCGGCGUGCGGGCAGUGAGGGCUUCCAUAGCGACGAGGACUCUGACCUCGGGGACGAGAGGGGCGGCCGCACCCACCCCCAGCCAACUCCACGCCGCUCCUCCCCUUCGUCCUCCUCCGUGAAGCGCCCGGCGGGUAAAAGGGCUCGGCGGGAGGUGACGGUCAAGCCAGAGCUGGAUGAGGAGCUGAAGGAGGCAGCUGGGUCUCUGCUCCACCUGGCUGGGAUCCGCACCUCCAUGGAGCUCAACAAACACAGUGCCAAGAGCAAAAAACUGAACAGGAAAUGAGUGGUCGUACCCCGUGAUCUCAUUGCCCUCAGACUCCUGCCCCAGUAACUCCUGACCCCUGAUUUAAUUGUGUCCUGAUUGGUCUUGGUUGUGCCUCUUACUCCUUUUCUGAUCAUUUAUUGGCUGCUUUUGAGCCCUUUUUUUUUUUUUUUUUUUGACACAUGAUGGGGUAUCCCUUCCUGUCCAACACAACAAAUGGCAAUAGUAUAAUUCACACAGGAGAACAAAGCCAUAUUGAGACUUUAGUAACUGGGGGGGGGUCAGGAUGCUGGGGUGGGCUUGGGGUUUUCUGGGGACUGCUGAGGUGAACCGUCACCCAUCGAUCCAAAACAAACUGCCUGUUGUUUCUGAGGGCUUUGCCGAAGAUCCUUGCAAUUUAAAGGAUUUUUUUUUUUUAUGGAUAAAGAAAGACGGGAAAAAAGCUGAAAGUUUUUCUAACUGAAAGCGUUGCAUGCUUCCUCCUCAACCUGUAUCCUCUUCCAAGUGAACCUAUUUAUAAGAGAAUGAGUGCAUGUGUGUAACAAAGGAAACCUAACCUCUGCUCUCCUGUCGAAGUCAGUAUCUCCCUUUUCUGUGCUGAAGAACCUAAAAAAAAAAAAAUACAAAUAAAAAAAACAGUUUUAUGAUAGGCAACAACCUUGGUCUAGAAAUAUCAUACAAAGAGAUGCAAUAAUUGAUCCUUAACCUUAAACUGCUCUUUAUAUUUGUUUCUUUUUUCAAUGUUGGUAUUUUUCCUGGUUUGAUGACGACACUGCCGUCAAAAUCAAUAGAUUCUAGGGACUGUAUUGGAAGUAGAGAUGAUCAAUGACGCGGUCUGUUUGGAAUAUCGGAUCAAUCUUACCGCAGAGCUGAACUCGGGACUAUACCAUGUCAGGAUUAAGCAGCAGAGAGUGAACAUUGAACUCUGCUACUGCCCUGUUAAACACUGGAAGAAAACCAAGAUGGCUGACCGCGCUAGACUGGCAUGGUCAGGAAGAGUCCUCUCUAUUCUUAUGCUCUGAGAGGGAAAAAGUACAUGGUCAUGCCGUCUGAACAUACCCCUCUGUAGUACUCUUCCUUCUCAGGCUCCUCUCUUUAUGUCAUAACAUUCAUCCUUUGUUUAUUGUGUGAACUGAGAAUUUACAAUAUUGAUGAUGCAAGUCUCUUGUUUGGGUGUCCUAUAUAGACUAAUCUGGCAGAUUAAUGUUGUAACCAUAGUGAUCCCAUGACACUGGCAGGUGUGUGGCUACGUUUUAAAUCGUGUAUUACUAGUCACAACUACUUUAAUGUUAGUAUUAAGGACAACUGUAAGGAUGUAGAGGUUAUAAUAGCAAUGUAGUGAGUCUGCCACCGUAACGCUUCUCCGUAGCGCUUUGUUAUUUUGGCCGACCCUGAGGCAAAGUUGAGGCCGUGUUGAGAGCAAGAGAGGUCUUGCUUUGUCCUGUUCCACAUAAAGGAAAUGCAGCCGGAGGAGGGAGGGCAAAUGGAGAACUCCUCCCUUCCCAGUACUGGGCUGUGUUUACUGCCAGUGGACUGCAAUGAGUUCAGUGACAGGAAGUACAGGAUGUUACAACAGAGCUGCCCGAAGAGCAGAGGCCACAGAGUAGUUGUGUUAAAAUGUGCAUCAGUAAGCAAAAUGCCAAAAGUUGUCAUGAGCCAACUUAAGUGCAAGUUAAGAUAGAUUGCAUACAGUGCCAAAAAAUUAUUUAUUCCACAGAAGUGAAACUAACGAGGGCGCUGCGAGCAUGUUCCUCAUCUCACCGUUGUGCGAGUGACCGUAACCCGGGCCGGCUCCAGGCAUAAGCGACGUACGUGUUCGCUUAGGGCCCCCGGCCGCAAGGGGGCUUUCGACUGCUAGGGAGCCCCUGACAGAUAGGGGAGAGGGGGCCCCAAAUCCAGUUUUGCUUAGGGCCCUCAAAAGGCUAGAGCCGGCGCUGACCGUAACAUUGUUGCUCUAUUUUUCUAGAAGCCCACUAACUGGAAAUGUAGGAGGGAAUUCCUGACCUUGUGGACCCGGUCUGACACAAAGUGUAUUUUAGUUGUUCUGGAAUGGGAAUCGCAGCAUUCUUAGAAUGGACAAGUUUCUACUUAGAAUUAAGAUGGGCAUAGAAUCCUCUAGUCUUACCUGGCUGUGAAUGAAUGAAGAACAAAAUGUUGUUCAUUAAAUCAUACAUUUAUUUAUAAUAUUUAAUUUAUUAUGGACAAUUAAAUGGAACUUCUAUCAAAUAAUGGUAAUUUGAAAUCAGUGGAAAGCUAAUUUUCUUUCUCCCCUCUGGUAAAUACUUUUUAUGGGACUGUUUUAUUUUACUGCCAUAGACCAAUACUAUCACUAUCUGUUAUAGUGAUUACGUGCAUCUCAGAUAGUAUUUUGCCAAUGUACAUUAUCUUUUGAGAGGUUCCUUUUCAACUGAACCAUUACUGCCAAGAUUCAAGAUGUUCUGUGUUGUUGUAGGACUGGAUAAAGACACUUCAUUAACAUAUUGAUCCUGAACCAUUGUUUUGCCAACAGUUACGCCGUACAGAGAUGGCUAGGAUUGCCAUCUAUUGAGGACUCUGGAAAGUUGAUUUAAUCAAAAACUUUUACACCCUUCAUCUGAAUUUGUAUUUUUUUUAUGUUUAGAUAAUAUUUCCGACUGCCCGAAAUAGACCAUAAACAUUCGCUGGUACUCCUUCUCUGUUGGGAUACCGCCUACAUCAACAUUGUUAUACACACCUACUGCCACCAAAAACCCACAUUUCUGAUGGUUGCCCUCGGGAUAUAGUCUUGGUGCCGUCAUGGACCUGUCAAUAAUUCAGGACAAUUUACAGUGAUUUGCUCAUGCUGUAGCACUUGUAGCUAAAAUAAAUAAUUUUCUAUCAGAUUCAAAGCGAAGUUGAUCCUGAGUCUCUCAGUGAGUGAAUGUUUUUUGAGAUUUACAAGGUCUAUCUGCAUGACAUGGAGUGCUAAGACUUAACAAAUAAACACCGUGGGUUACCCCAGGCCAGGUAUUGUCACUUUAAACAGUGACACGUGCUAGACUCAAAGCUGCGCAUAGGAUUGCUUCAUUGUUUGGAAACUUAUUGAAUAUUGAUUGUGAUUUUUCAAAUUCUGUUGCAAUUUCUUGAUUAUGAUAAAGCAUUUUGUUGUGUUGAACUAACUAAAGCUGCCAACCCAGUAUCGGUCAGUAUCAGUCAUCUGCCCUGUCUGUUAGACAGACACACCUUUUGGUUUUUGUAUGCUAACCUCUGUUAAUAAAAAUGUUUAUAAAGUUUAUUUUCGCCAAAGAUAUGCAAUUGCAUUAUAUAUGGUAUUACAAAAUAAAAUGUUCUUGUUUUAUCAUU